AUGCCGAAAGAGAAAAACUACAAUCCUGUACAAGAAGCCAAAAAGGCCGAGAAGCAGAAACAAAUACGCAAACAAAAAGCCACACUCCAAGCGCAACGCAAUGAGAAACUCGCACGACGCAACCCCCAUCGUAUACAGCGCGACAUUGACAGCCUAAAGGAGCUAGAUCAAGCUGGGUCCAUACGGCCUCAUGAGCGACAACGGUUGCAGGAAUUAGAGAAAGACCUUGCGGCCGUGAACAAGGCGAGAGCGGCACUGGGCGACAAAGCACCCGUCUUCAAGCCAGAACGCCGAUUCGACGACGACAACGAGAGAGAGCGAGGAGAUAGGGGCGGGCGAGGAGGACGAGGUGGCAGAGGCGGCGGUGUGCUAGGCAAGCGUACACGAGAUGGUCACCGAAAGGAACAAGACAGCAGUGACACAGACGAGGACGUUCGAGAUAUCCCCAUGCCACGCGAUACACCGCCACCCAUCCCACGUCGUUAUCAGCAAAAGCAGUCGCAGGCAGCCGAUGACGAAGCACCGGCCGAGCCCAAGAAGCCUACCAUUGUCUACGAAGCGGCGCCACAGGUACGCAACUUGCUCAAGGAGGCGACGAGAUUUAUGCCUGCGUCUGUCGCGCAAAAGGUCAAGUUGGCAAAAGGUGAAGGAAGGCUCCUGGAACCAGAGGAGUUUGACCAGCUACGGGAAGAGGGCUAUAUGGACGGGAAGAUCGCAGGUGGUAAGGAGAAAGAGCCAGUCGUGGAGACCGAUCCUGAGCUUGAAGCCUUGCUGAGGUCAGAAACUACUACGGUCCAGCAAGAUGCUGAGCAGGCUGUCGAGGCUGCGAUUCAAGAGGCAGAACACGACAUGAUGGCGGCAGAGGCGAGAGGAGAAAUCAUUGGGAUAACAUCAGAAGCCGCCGUUGCUGAGAAGAACCUUAGACAUGUGCAGAUGGAGGAGGUCGAGGAUGAGGACCGGUAG